AUGUCACGGUCAUAUCCUCUUGAAGAGCUGCUGAAACUUCGCGAAUCUGCGUUGGUACGCAAACCCUCGGGUUUGCCCCCAGUGGAGGAAUGGAUGGGGCCUAUUCCUGAACCGCGUCAAGUCCAGAAUCAAAAUCAGAACCAGCGGAAAUCGGUCAACAAAGGGACUAAUGACGACGGUUUCUUCAAGGAUGGCCCUACAAAUCGCAGACCUUUGUUCGAGGCAAGAGCCAGAUCAACAAAUGUUCCCGAAGAUAUUGUCCUUGGACCUCCCAAAACAGCUUUUGCUUCUGCCUCCGGUGCAAGGAGCAACAGCAAAAUAUCAAACACCCCACAACGGUCAAGCUUUGCCAAACACGACGAUCCUGCUGUCAAGGAUGAUCGCACAACAUUCAGAGACAGAUAUCCCAAAGAUGGACAGAGUGUGGAAAGAGACGGAGAGAAACGUGACUCGAAAUCGGGCGCAACCCAGAACCGACGAAGUGUCAAGGAUGACAGCGAUCUCUGGUCCAAUGUCCGACAACAGAGAAAUCCAGGCCAUGACGAUCACGAGCGUACGCAUCAAAAGAAUGGAGAUCGGGAGUAUGACCGGGAUAGAGAGGGUGGGCGUGAGCUUAGAGGGCAGAGAGGAUUUGAGAACCAUAGGCGAGAUGCAGAAGCCGAUGUUGACGGAGGCCAUGCAUUGCGGCGUACUGGACCUGCAAGAGGGCGCAAUGAGCCCUCUUGGAAUCGAGAGGAAGGUCGCAACCAAGAUGGUGGCGCUGAAGAUGCAGAAAAUGCAAAGCCCCGGGAUUGGAGGGACAAGGAGAGGAGAGGUGCUCGCGGGGCAGAGCGUGACUGGAAUCGAGGUGGGAAAGUAGAGUUGGACCCUGAGUGGAUGGACGAACCGGAGCCGGAGAUCAAGGAGCAGAAGCGGACCCAAGAGGACUUUGAGCGAUGGAAAGAGCGAAUGAAAGCGAGCAACGGUGCUGCGCAGGAUACACCAUUGUUACCAGCGGAGCAACGGCCAAACCAUGACCGGACUGUAUCAAGUGCUGGUACCGGUGUCGCGAAAGCCAAAGCCGAGACACCACUGAUUGUUGAUCCAAGCUUCGAUGGGUUCUUUGGGUUAUGGGACAAGCCUAAAAAGGGUGAAGAGCUCCUGAGCAGUACCGCAGUGAAUGGAGUGAAGCCGAAUGUAGCGAAUACAGCCGCUAAGGUGUCGAAGCCCUCAAAGUUCACUGGCUUCUUCGCCCCCAAGGCCGACCCAGAACCACCAAAAGAGCAGCCAUCUCUUCCGCUGUUCGCACCUUCUAAAGACUCGUCUAACGAGGACAAGGAAGGAUUCCAGCGGAUUCUGAAACUCCUUGACCAGCAGCAAAUACAGGGUGGCAAUGCUGACACACCCCCUCGUGUCCAGGGUCAGCGAGAUGUGCCAGCAUCGCCUCCUGUUCAUUCAAGAGGAGCAGGAGAGCGUAAUGAUCUCUACAGUCUUCUCGGGGCACGAUCUUCGCAGGAGAAUGCCAUGCCACCAACUAGAGACAGCGAGUUUUUACUCAGGCUCAUGCAACAGCCACAACAGAACCGCCAAGACAUCAAUCAAGCAAAUAUUGGUGGGCGCCGACCUGCUCAAGAUACAGCACCAGGACUAUCACCAUUUUCCAACCUGAUGAUAUCGCCACACGACCCACCACAGCAAACACCUUCUAAUGGCUUCCCCUCAGGGUUCAAUGGAGACGAGAUGCAAUCCCGGGACAAGCUGAAUCCCACUUCUGGAGUAGAGCGAAGGGGACCCCCGCCCGGGAUCUACGAUCAACGUCAGUCUCCUGCAGGAGCUCCACAGCAAUCAGGGUUCCCAUCAGGCCUACAGCGGCCUCCAGGGCUUGAGCAACUGCCUCCCGGUUAUGCUCAGCAUCUUCUAUCUCAGCGCCAAAAUAUGAUCCCACCUCCUGGUUUCCAAGCCCCUGCGCGCGGUCAAAAUGCAUUUCCGCCAAGUCUGAAUCCCGGCAAUCCUAAUGACAGACUCCAAUAUGGCAUGCCGUCAAACAAUCGAGGAAUGCCGCCUCCUGGCUUCAUGGGCAUGAGCGCUCCGCCACCUGGCUUUCCUACACCAUUCAAUCAAGAAGGCAUGCCAUUCGGAGGUUUCGGUGAUGCAGCCGGUUUUGGACAAGGUGGGCAGGGGUUUAUGCCUGGGCAGCAGCGAAGGUAG